AUGAGUAAUCGAGAAUCAGAAAUUCUACCGUUUGAAUUAUGUAUCGAACAUGAUCGUAGAAGCAGAUUACCGUCUUACUCCAGUGACCAAAGUUGUGAUAGCAAGGAAAACGCUAAAGUCGCAGUUACGAAUCGUUCUAGUACAUUGUGCCGUACCUCAAGUCUAAUACUGGACGAUGUCGAUACCAACAUUUCUAAUUGCCGAGAGCAGCUACCCCUAAGUAGGCAAAUCACCGACACUGUUACUUCAAGUAAAAAUUUAACUCAAUGUAAUGAAAUUGAAGACGAGAGAGUGAAGAAACUGAAAGAAAAUUUACGUAAACAAGUUAUAGCAUGUAGCAAAAAUUGUCUUCGUGAUAUUGUUGAUCGCCUCUGUUAUGCAGGAACGCCAGUCAGUAAAAUAACCGAUAAAUCUUUAAGAGCUAUCAUUGAUUGCGUACAGAUGACAGAAAAUGAAGCUAAAAUUGCUUUUCAGAUCGCAUUGGGGGUUUGUAUGGUAGAUUGUGAUGAAAGUGAGGUGAAUUUUGAAAGUAAAUAUCAUCUCAGUUACUUUGGUAGCCACUUAUGCCGUAACUGCUUCAAUGUCUUAUUUAUGAGAAGCCAACCGCAAGAGAAGCAACGUUCUGUUCAAACUCGAAUGAUUAAAAGUAAAAGUACUAAAGCAACACAAGAUAAGGUCAGUCCGUUGAUAGAAAUUGAAGGAAAAGGGCAAGAGUUUACAGUAGUGAAUGAAUAUUCAAUAGAUGAUCAUAUAAAUCUUGAUGGCAGCCGUAUUGAUGAAAUAGAACUUCCAGAUAUGCUUCAUAAAGCAUACCCAAUACGCCAUUGCUAUGCAGAAAAUAAUAAAGGAGUACAUGACAAAGAAGCACAAAAUCAAGAAAAAAGUGCAAAAUUUGUUUUAAGGGAUGAAUUGCUACGAUCGCCUGAUAUGAAACCUUCUUCGGGAGAGUGGUAUAAAGGUAGCGAAAGAUAUGCAGAGCAUGAUAUAGGAGAACAGUACAAGAAAGCGCGAGAUCAAGAAAAAAAUGAGAGUUCAAGAUUUGUUUCAAGGGAUAAAAUGCUACGAUCACCUGAUGUUAAACCUCCUUCAGGAGAGUGGUAUAAGGGUAGCGAAAACAAACGUAAACGGAUUUCAGGCAUCGACGCGGAUCCUAACGUAAAUGCUGCUAGACGUCAUCGUAGCAGAAAUGAUAGAAAUGGUCGAUUUAGGAGUAGUUGUCAAGAUAGAGCUGCAAGAACAGAUCAUUAUAGAGGAGGAUACGGGCUAAGAUCGUAUCCGUCGUCUCGAACAAGAACUGAUGGUAGAUUGAGAUCUCUUAAUAGAAAAUCGCCGCCUUCACGAUCGAAUCAAGAUCGGCGAAGUACAAGAAAAAAUUCGCGGAAACAACGAAGAAAUUAA